AUGCCGCGGAAAGUCGUCGCGAUCAAUAAUACGGCGGCGUUCAGCGGUGGGCACGCGUGGGAGCAUUUGGAGGCCAUUGUACAAUUUGGACCCAGGCCGUAUAACUCGGACGCGAAUCUGCGCACCUUGGCGUAUCUGGAGCAUGUUGUGAGAGAGGCGCGGGCGUUGGGAAUCGCUUUGGGAAAGGAUGAUGAUUGGAUUGAGAUCUCGGCACCGGACACCACAAACCUCAACGUGAACCUAGCGUAUUACCAAUCUUCCAACCUGGUCGUACGCAUCAAGGGCUCGUCCAAUACGCGGGAAGCGUUGCUCGUAUCCGCGCAUUACGACUCAGCACCCCUCUCAUACGGUGUCACCGACGACGGGAUCGGGAUCGUCGCCAUGCUCGACAUCGUCAGGGCGCUUGUUCACGGCUCGACACUCGAUCACGAUGUUAUUCUGAACUUUAACAAUGGCGAGGAGAUGUCCUUGUACGGCGGAUACGCGCUACUGCAGCACCCGUGGUUCCAGGACAUCAAGGGGUUCAUCAACUUGGAAGGAACGGGAACGGCGGGGAAGACAAGAUCGUUGCUGUUCAGAACCAACAGCUAUGAGUUGGCGGAUGUGUUUGCAAAGUCAGCGCCGUACCCGCAUGCUUCGGUGCUUGCGGAUGAUUUGAUGGGGAUGGUGGGAAGUGACACCGACUACCGACCGUACGCCGGCGCCGGCCAACUGCCCGGUAUCGACAUAUCAUUCUACGCCCAUCGGUAUCUCUACCACACCCUCCACGACGACCUCGCCCAUGCGGACCCAACCGCCGUCCAACAGAUGGGCGACAACGUCCUCUCCACCCUCCGCUCCGUCUGCAACUCAGACCUCCUCACCCGCAUCUCCUCCACCAUCGUCGAAAAGGAGGAGCAGGACUCCCUUCCCAACGGCGGGUUCGUCUACUAUGAUUUCUUGGGGAGGCGUAUGGUCAUGACCACCGCUGGACUGUACAAGGCGGGAAUGUCGUUCUUGCUUGUUGCGAUUGCCCUGGGGAGUGGGAUGAAGGGGAUGGCUGAGGCAAGGCGGUAUGGCGUGAAGAGGGGGAUGAGGCGGUAUGUUAAGCCGAUCGUGGAAGCGUACCUCCUCGUUGUGCUCAACCUGUUCACGACGUUGUUUGUCGUGCUGCUGCUGUCGAAAUUAAAGUCGUUGUUGAAUUACGGCGCGACGUACGGGAACCCGCACCUGAGCCUGGCGUGGAUCGCCGCUGCCGUGGCGCUGGUCAUAUUGCAGAUGCAGGCGGUAUGGCCGUGGAUCGCGCUCAGGUUAAAAUUGCGGAAGGCGCCGGUGGUUGUUUACAACUUGCUGCCUACCACGACGGAUCGGUUCGAGGAAGAAGAUGAGGAAACCGGGGAACGGUACGAGGGGCUCGCCUACGACCCCGACGAACUGGACGGCCACUCCGACGACGAUGAGGACGACGAAGAUGAAGACGAGGACGACGACCCCACCACCCCCAACCCCUCAGCGCCCCUCCUCCACCCCACCACCCACACCCCCAACAACGGCAUCACACGCCGCACCGGCCGCACCAAAGCCGAAGUCCCCGCCGGCCCCUCCCUCCACACCUGGAUCCCCUACGGCCUCCUCUGCUUCUGGUGGUCCACUCUCUUCCUCGCCCUCGCCCUCUCCGACCGCAAAAUAAUGGGCGCCUACGUCCUCUACGACUACGCCUUCUUCUCCGCCCUUGCCGUCGCACUCAACGUCAGCCUAGGCGCCCUCAUCCGCAAAUGGUGGCGCGCGGAUAUAGCGGAGGAUAACCCCCCGUUGCCCCAGUGGAAACAAACCGCGGUCCGAGCGUAUGAGCGCUACGCGUGGGUGCUCGCCAUGCUCGUCUCCUCACUUAUACCCACCUUGGAGUUGUUCGACAUACUGGAUUUGGUCAUCACAGCCAUCCCCAGCCUUAUCGCCGAAUCCCUCCCUGAGACUGUAGUCGACCUCGCACUCACGCUCCUCAUACUCCCCAUCGCGCUCAACCUCAUGCCCGCACUCAAUAGGUCGCGGAUACAUCGCAAAGCGCUCGUCUACAUCGCAGCGGCACUUUUCACACCGCUAUACAUAUCCGCGCUCUGGCGGUUCCCGUUCUCACAAGAUAGACCGCAGAAACUCGGGUUCAUGGAGACCUGGGACGUGACUACACCGGCCCUCGCGCGAACAUCCCAGGUCCAGAUCGUCGUUGCCGGGACCAUGAGAGCCUCCCACUGGGCCGCGUCGCUGAAAGAGGAAUCGGAAAUGGAGUGCGAUGAUUACUUCCCCACCCCUCCGCCCCCAACCCGCCCUUCGGCGCCAACGAUAACACAGGGCGUGUGUUACCUCGCGGAUACGGAGCCCCCCGUGGUUGUCGCUGCUGAUGGGAGUGGGGCGGUACCCCCGGCGGAUCUGAUACGGGUUAAGGAUCUCCGACGUGGGUGGGACGCGCAAAGUGGGGUGGGGUACGUUGAGGGGGUGUUUGAGGGGCCGCCGGGUGCGAGGGCUUGUACGGUUGAUGUGGCGCAUUCGUUGCCGGAGGGUGUCGUUGACGGGAGCAUGGAGGUUGAGAUCGGGGAUACGGAUGAGGGUGUCACGUGGGUGGAUGUUGACGAGGUGCCGAGGGGCGGGAGUUCACCGCCGUCGCCAAAGUCGAAGGGGGGUAAAUGGUGGAAAUGGGCAACGCAAGACGCCUCCCCGCCGACAUCAGGAACAACAACAACAACAACAGCAACCCACCAAUCCGUCCUCCGAACACUCUACAGACGCGCGUUCACCGACCCCAAACAGACACGGGUCGUUGCGUCGUUCAAAGUCACUUACAACGCCACCCUGCAUGCGUUGGGUGUGGGUGAGGAAGGCAUGGUAUCCGAACCCCCGCAAGCGCGUAUAUCAUGCUUCUUGAACGAGUUGAACGUCUCGCGGGCAUUCGAGAUGCUGACCCGCGUCGACGACGACACCGGCCGCCCGACCGUCGACACCUGGGCCGCCUUUGGACACAGCUUCUGGCGCGCGACGGUGCCGUGGUUUGCCGGGACGAGGGGGAUGAGUGGGGGCGUUGCUGUUGUUAGGAGGGUGUGA